AUGAUCCCUAGAGGCCUCGCCGCCCUCGGGACACCGUCCCUGGAGAUUGGACAGAUCCUGCUCGGAAAUGCUAGCAGGUACACUAUUCAGAAGAAGAUCCGCGAGGGCGUUUGGAUUGCUACUAACCCUACGGGUGGCAAGUCCAUUGUCAAAGGCGUCCAGGGUCUCUCUGGUGCUCAGAACGAACACAACGUCCUCCGCAAGUUCCAGGGCAACCCCUUCCUCCGCCCCGUCAUCGACGAGAUCCAGCAGGAUGCUCCCAUGAUUGUCCUUCGCCAUAUGGAUGACCACCUGCUCAACGCUACCAUCAAGAAGCCUCUGACCAACCGCGAGAUUCGCUUCGUCGCCCGCGCAGUCCUGCGUGGACUUUCUACCCUGCACAAGGAUGGUUACGUCCAUACCGAUAUCAAACCCGAUAACAUUCUUGUCAACUACGCUUCCGCCUCCGAGGCCGAUCCGGACCUACGCUUCUCUGACGUUCAGAUUGGUGACCUUGGCGCUUCGUACUCUGUCGACUCCGACGUUGCCCGUAAAGGUUUUCUGAUUGGCGCCCCUAUUUGGACGAGCCCGGAGGUGUUGAUGGAAGUCCCUUGGGGCACAGCGAGUGAUAUUUGGGCCUUUGGCUCCAUGAUGAUUGCAUUGUUACAUGGCGGCGAUUACAACCCCUUCCGCCCCACCAACGCUUCCUACCACGAUCGUAGCUACAUCUUCGAGGUCCUCCGUCAACAGUCCCGCCGCUUCGGCGCCAUUCCCCAGACCUAUCUCGAGCGUGCCCGCCCAGGCAAGGCGAUGGCAGCCAAGGCUCUCACAAUAGGGCGCAAGGUCGAGCCCCUCGACUUCCGCACCGCCUCACACUUCAUUAAUCGCAUCAUGCGCAUGGAUGCCGCUGAGCGUCCGUCUGCCGACCAGCUUUUGGAGGAGAUGUCUGGUCUGUUUGAGGACUAA